CGCUUGGCAGGGACUGUUCAUAUGCGCUCCUUGACAUCAGGGGACACGUCGAGAUGGAGACCUUCAGCUCCCGCAGCCUGGCCAUACAGGCCGAGAAGAAAAUCCUUAGCCGGAUGGCCAGCAAAUCCAUGGCCAACAUGUUCAUCGACGACACGAGCAGCGAGAUCCUGGACGAGAUAUACCGGGUCUCCAAGGAGUACACCCAGAACCGGGCCGAAUCUCAGAAGGUCAUCAAGAACCUCAUCAAGAUGACAGUCAAGAUCUCCGUCCUCUACCGCAACAACUGCUUCAGCGACGAGGAGCUGUGCUGGGCAGCCGAGUUCAAGCAUAAGCUCCACCAAGGGGCCAUGACGGCCAUCAGCUUCCACGAGGUGGACUUCACCUUCGAGAAGGCCAUCUUGGCCAAGCUCCUCCAGGAGUGCCGGGACUUGCUGCUGAAGCUGGUCGAGAACCACCUGACGCCCAAAUCCCUCGGGCGCAUCCGCCACGUCUUCGACCACUUCGCUGAUACGGAACUCCUGACCCGGCUGUACAGCCCCGGGGAACCCUACCAGCCUCGCUUGAAAAAGAUCUGCGAGGGGCUGAACAGGCUCAUUGAUGAAGGGAAAUUGUGA